AUGAUUUGGACGAUCAUUUUACUUAUCCAAGCGGCCAUCCUGUACUGUAUACUAACCCACAGAAAAAGAUACAAGACUGAUCCUCCGCUGGACAAAGGCAUUAUCCCAUGGCUGGGACAUGCUCUUGAAUUUGGGAAAGAUGCAUUUAAGUUUCUCGCUCGAAUGAAAAAGAAACAUGGGGACAUCUUUACAGUGCGUGUGGCCGGACGUUAUGUGACUGUCCUCCUGGACCCUUUCUCAUACGACCUGGUUCUGACUGACAGAGACAGCCUGGACUUCUCCCAAUACGCAACAGUGCUGAUGGACCGGAUCUUUCAGCUGAAGCUCCCACAUCACAUGCAAAAUCAAAGCAAAGUCAUAAUGAAAAAGCACUUUCUUGGCAUGAAUCUGAUCGGCUUAAACACCUCCAUUGGACGUCACUUGCACAAUUUGAUGAAAGCCGAGCUCUCCGUGAACCAGAAAGACUGGAAAGAGGAGGGACUCUUCAACUUUUCCUACAGCCUGCUUUUCAAGGCUGGGUAUCUCACGCUCUUUGGCGAACAGAACAACAAUGUCACAGACCCAUCAAAAAUAUAUAAAGAGUACAGAACGUUUGAUGGGCUACUAACAAAACUAGCAAGAGGCACGCUGAAGCCAGAAGAGAAGAAAUUGUCUCAGUCUGUUCGUCAGCGGCUGUGUGCACUUCUGUCUCCUGUGGGGGGAGGCGAGGAGGACUCUGGAGCCGGGUCCUGGGUCCACAGCUACAGGCGGAUGCUUCAGGACGAGGGAGUGGAUCAUGACACCCAAAACAAGGCCCUACUCAUGCAGCUCUGGGCCUCUCAGGGGAACGCGGGGCCAGCUGCAUUUUGGCUCUUGGGAUUUCUUCUGACCAAUCCAGACGCAAUGACAGCAGUGAAGAAGGAGUUUAGAGGGAUCUCACAAACAAGUGAAACAUGUUUAUUCAAUGUGAAAACUCCAGUGUUCGACAGUGCUCUUGAAGAAACUCUCAGACUCACUGCUGCCCCCUUCAUCACAAGAGAGGUGGUGCGUGAGAAAACCAUCCACAUGUCAGAUGGCCAAGAGUACCGGCUCCGGAAAGGGGACAGACUCUGCCUGUUCCCCCUCCUCAGUCCUCAGAUGGACCCAGACGUUCACAGUGAGCCCCAGAUAUUCAAACACGAUCGUUUCUUGAAUCAAGAUGGAUCGCCAAAGACUGAUUUUUACAAAAGAGGAAGAAUGUUAAAAUAUUACACAAUGCCAUGGGGCGCAGGAGUCAACGGCUGCGUGGGGAGGCAGCUGGCCAUCCACAGCAUCAGACUGUUUGUUUACAUGGUGCUGACAAAGUAUGACAUUGAGUUGUGUGACCGCAACGCACACAUGCCUGAUGUUAACACAAGCCGUUAUGGGUUUGGGGUUUUGCAGCCGGAGGGCGAGCUGCAGAGCAGUCACAAGGACUGGAGGUGUGCUCAGUGGUGCUCAGGGGGAGGGACGCUGGAGUCUCGCUGUGACACGGCUCUUCAGGGGUUAAACUGGAGGCUGCUGCUGCGCGCAGAGAGGCGGCUUCUGGAUCACUGUCCCCCACAUGCGCCUGGACUGACACCCGCCACAGAGACCUGCCUCCCCGCCUCUGCUCUCCUCGCUACUUGUUGA